UUCUUUUUUCUCUCUCUUUUUUUUUUUAUAAAAAGAAAAGAAAAAAUAAACCCAGAAAACCAGGACAGUAACAAACUUUGGAAAGUGGUUGAUGCUUCCUAAUGAAUAUAAACCUCGGCCUGUUAGGCCCAUGUCAGAGAUUAUCAACCCAGGUCGUUUUAUGAAUGAAGCUGAUAUGGCCGGUAACUGGUAUGAAGACUUGCAAAAAUACGAAACCAAUCUCGACGAGAUGGCAUCCGCUACUUUAGAUCAGACCUUUAAAGACGAGAUGCAACACGUAGACCAAUGGUAUUGCUAUUUAACUGAAGCCGAAAGAACAGCUACCAUGUACACUUUACUUCAACACUCCACUCAAGUACAAGCCAGAUUCUUUAUUAACUUGCUUCAGCAGAUGGUAAAGAGAGAUCCACUCUUUUCUCUAUUAACACCCAACAAUCCCGACGGAGAUAUGCAGAGUCAUUUAGCAGGUGCAAUGGCUAAGGCGGAGCUUGAGGCUAGCCAACGUUUAAUGUCAGUACUGCCUUACAAGACAGGUCAAGUGAUGAGUAGACCUCAAAGUACGACCACCAACCGUCGGUCUGUGGAUCGUCAUUCUUUUGCACUCGGUGAUACGGAAGAGUACACUCGAUUAUUUAAUGGACGUAACGACUUGUUGAACAAUAACCGAUCCUUUGUCAAUCCUUUAUUAGACGACACUACCAACAGUAGAAGAUUAGUCAACGGGAAUAGAACAAGUACGUCUGGACGUACCAUGUUUAACAACAGUGGUAGACCUCAUUCUGUGAUUGAAGGUGAUACCAACUUACUCUUUCCAGCUUCAUCCACCUCAUCCAACUGGUCCAAUAAUAACAAUGCCAACCGUCGUAGUGUUGGCCAUAUUGGUGAUCGUACUAGUAAGAUCGAAAGACCUAAAUCUGCAGACAUUAGCAACUGGUCCAUCCCGCAAGACCGGUCUAACAAUAAUAAUAAUGGAUUUCAGUCUGUUUGGAGCCAACAGCAUCAAAUUAUACCUCCCGCCGCCGCCGCCACUACUAACACUAACAACACUGCUAACAACACGACUGUCAACACCACCAAUGACAGUACUGCAAUGGACAAUGACCUGAUUGACUUUACCAACGCCAUGCAACAACAACAGCAACAACAGCCAUUCCGAAGAAGGGCUAAUCUUAACCGAAUUCCUGUGGUGCCUGAAACUGAUGAACUAAUUCGAGCAACCCAAGAUUUAUUCUUGAAUGAUUUGGAGACUCCUUCAUUCCGUAAACCAACUCCUCCCGGAAUAGAUCACUAUGCUUAUUUGAUGAACACUCCUAUUGUUGACAAUAGUAGUAACACCACUGCGUUGGAUGAACAAGAAUAUGCAAGUGAUCACAGUGAUGCAUCCUACAUGUCUCGUCGCCGAUCCUCCAUGACACCCAAUUCAAGAGCUACCAAAGAUAAAAAAGCUGUCGAAGUGAUUGAUAUGGACUUAUUGAAAGGUAUAAAUAAGCACAAUGUCCUCCAGCAAACAAACUAACUGCAAAACACAUAGAUAUACCUGCUUGGCUCAGGAGUCUACGCUUACAUAAAUAUAAUACUAUUUUUAGUGAUACCAACUGGCAAACCAUCAUUGUCAUGAACGAUGCUGAUUUGAUUGCAAAGGGGGUUGCUGCAUUAGGUGCCAGACGUAAAAUGCUCAAAGUUUUUGAAAACAUUCGAGCUCACUGUGAUGCCAACCAUAUUGCAUACUAGAUAACUUAUAACUUACCAGACGAUUCCCCCAACUCUUGCUGGGCAAAGUUGUUCUUUUUUUUUUUUUUUUUUUUUUUUUCGUCGUUUUUUUUUGCUCCCUUUUCUCUCACUA